AUGCCGAAAGUAUCACGCUAUGCCAUCGCCAGGGUAGCCCCGCCCGCUUGCAAGUCAGGGGUGUUGGGGUGUCCCUACGCCCCAAGGGGUCGCACCAACAACACGCUGGUCAUGGUCUGGGUCGGCGGCUUUCUCACCUUGCUGUUCAUGACCUACUGGAUCUCGACGAGACACGCCGAUAAGGCGCGUCACUACGCCGACAAGUUUGCGCACCCACCCAUGCCGCAAUAG